AGAACACUGGCGCCAUCUGCUCAUCAUUUCUUGCCCCUCGGCCCUCGCUACGUUUCAAAUCUAUAAAGCCACGACGUCGACGACCGAUCAUGGCCGUUCGAUCAAAACCGUCCAAUCCCAUUCUCCGUCCAACCUCUCUCUCCCUCGAACGAAUCCUCAAAACCCAGCAAAACCUCAGAAAAUCCUCUCCACGAAUCUGGAGAGAAGAAGAAGACGAAUGCACCGAUGGGGUGCGCACGUUAAAACUCAGCCACCCCAUCCUGCGCAUUCUAGAAUCCUCCACUGGAACAAUCUCGGAAUUCAACCAGAUCCACGCCCAGCUCAUCGUCUCCGGCCUCUCCCAACACUCUCUCUCAGCGGGCCGCGCCAUCAAGAAGCUCUGCAACUCUCCAUCCUCCCUGGGUCACGCCGUCUCUCUCUUCCUGCACCUCGACACGCCCGACGCCUUCGUCUGCAACACUAUCAUUCGAUCUUUCCUAAAAUUCAAUGGCCCUGAUAAGGCGCUCAGCUUCUACCACCGCCAAAUGCUUGAAAAAGACGUCCCGCCUAAUCAUUACACCUUCCCCCUUCUAGUGAAGAUCUGUGCCGAUCUGGGUUCAAUCCAGGAAGGUGAGAAGACCCAUGCCCGGAUCGCGAAGCUUGGGCUGGAAUCCGAUCUGUUCGUGCAGAACUCGUUGAUUCAUAUGUACUUCUCGUUUGGGAGGAUCAAGUCUGCAUGUCGGGUGUUCGAUGCAAGUUGUGAGUCAGACAUGGUCACCUGGAAUUCGAUGGUUGAUGGAUACGCGAAGAAUGGGCGGAUUGAUGAUGCUCGUCAGAUCUUCGACGAGAUGCCUGAGAGAGAUGUCGUGAGUUGGAAUGCGAUGAUUGCAGGGUAUGCGGCUACUGGGGAUUUGAAGAGUGCCAAGGAGCUGUUUGGGGCAAUGCCUGUUAGAGAUGUAGUUUCUUGGAAUUCUAUGAUUGAUGGGUAUGCUAAGAUUGGAGAAGCUUCACUUGCUCGGGAGCUUUUUGAUCAGAUGCCGGAUCGGAAUGUGGUGACCUGGAAUACUAUGUUGGCUCUUUGCGUUCGGAGUAAAGAUUAUAGAGAGUGUCUAAGAUUGUUUGAUAUGAUGAUGGUUGAAGGAGAGACAGAGCCGAAUGAGGCAACCCUUGUCAGCGUUCUGACUGCUUGUGCGAAUUUAGGCAUGCUCGAUAGAGGAAAAUGGGUUCAUUCCUAUCUCAGAGAAAAUAGAAAGAUCGAACAUGAUGUGUUACUAUUGACUGCUCUACUGACAAUGUAUGCCAAAUGUGGGGAUAUGGAUUCGGCAAGAGAAAUCUUUGAGAAGAUGCCUGAGAGGAGCGUCGUGUCGUGGAAUUCUAUGAUAAUGGGGUAUGCAAUGCAUGGGCAUGGCGAGAAGGCACUGGAGGUGUUCUUAGAGAUGGAGAAAAGAGGGCUGAUGCCAAACGAUGUCACUUUCAUAUGUGUCUUGUGUGCCUGUGCCCAUGGAGGGAUGGUGUUGGAGGGGUGGUGGUAUUUCGAUCUCAUGCGCCGUGUUUACAAGAUUGAACCCAAGGUCGAGCACUAUGGUUGUAUGGUUGAUCUCCUCAGCCGUGCCGGUUUGUUGAGGGAUUCGGAAGAGCUUAUAAAGAAGAUGCCAAUGGAGCCAGCCCCGGCCUUGUGGGGUGCUCUGUUGUCCGCUUGUAAAACCUAUUCAGAUUGCAAGCUUGGGGAGAUUGUGGGAAAACGCCUUAUAGAGUUGGAGCCGAGCGAUGUCGGGCCCUAUGUGCUGUUGUCAAAUAUUUAUGCAGCAGAAGAUAGAUGGGAUGAUGUUGAGAAGGUGAGGAAGAUGAUGAAGGAGAAGGGUUUGCAGAAAACUGCAGGGCUUAGCUUGGUUGAUCUUAGUGGGCCUGAUUCCAUGUCUUUUAUGCAAGAAACUUCAGCCCAUAAGAAGAGCAUGGUGUAUUCCAUGUUGAGUGAGAUGGGUAAUCAGAUGAAGUUGUCAUGUAGAAAUUUUGUUGUGACAGGCAGAGAACUCUAGGUCGUGUUUUGGAUGCACUUGUAAAUUGAAUUGCAGACAUUUCUAGCUUUAAAACAACAUAAUUGCAAUUUGAAGCCAAUCCCUCAGCAUGAAUGCUAUAUACUAAGGAAAUUAUGUGGUUAUCUCCACUCUAUUAGGCUAAUAAUUGCAAUUCUAUUCAAUAGUGCAUCCAAACACACCCUUGCCCUAAACAAUCAUUAUGCAAACUGUAUCUUUGUUGCAUGUUGUAUAGUAUAAUUGAAAAGAGAUAGACAUAUCAGGAUUCUUUUUC